CGAUUAAUACAGGAGCCCUAGUGGUAGCUUGUCCAAAAUUGGAAUUUGGAGGACAGUAAAAAGCCCUUUCUUCUUUGCUGUAAAGCUCCGAGAAGUUGCCUCCGCUGAUUUGCACAGAGAAUUCAUCCGCCACAUUGACAGCCGUUCAAUUUUGGGCAAGAAAAGGAGAUCAAUUAUAGAGAUAUGCAAGACCAGAGAGGACUGGAGGAAGCUUCAGCUCCUAAAUUGCGGAAAAAGAAAACAUCACAACCAAAGGCUCUGCAAAAAGAAGGGAAUAAGGCAAAAAGGAUGCAAGAUGUGCGUGCAAUGCCAAUUCAAAAUGGGUUAACACCCACCAAAAGAGUCCCACCAAACGAAGUUUCCCCAUUAUUCCAAUAUGCUGAGAAAUCAACACCUGAAUUCUCGCCAGAUGCUUCCACUUCUGGAAAAGAAUAUCGGGCAUUAAGGAGAAAGUAUCUAUUGCUGGAAGAAGAAAGUUUUGGUCUUAAUAAAGAAUUGAGAGAAGCCGAAGAUGAGAUCAAGGCCCUUGAAGACGAGAAGCUAACACUCCUUGAUGAUCUUGUUGUGUUAGAAGGCCUGGUUGAUCCUUCAGAUAUUCAAUCCCAAGGCCAGCGAUUAUGAUGGUUUAUUUAAAAUGUGUUUUUCAGUAAACUGGGGAUAUAUACAGAAUUGUGUACAACAAUCCAACUUCUGUUAGCAUAAAGUUGAGAUUGUAACGAUGCAUUAUAUAACAUCGACUGGUUUUUUAUUGCACAAUGACCAAA